AACGAACCUCUCGACGCCGCGUUCCGCGGCUGCCGGCUGGGGCCGGGCGAGGGAGGGGGCUAGCCCGAACAGCCUGACUCUGCAGUAGUCUCCGGAGCGCGGGCUGCGCCGCCCGAGCCGCUAGGCUGGGGAAGCACUAGCCGUUUGCUCACGGGCCGGCUCCUCCAGGCGCUCGCAGGCAUGCAGCCCGGGAGCAGGCGGCGCGCCCCGGGCCGCUGCUGAGCCGGCCCGGGCGGCGGGGACCAUCGCCUGCCGAACCCCUCCCACCUUGCCCCGGGGCCGACGAGCGGCUCCCCGGCACCCCCUCUUCGCCCGCAGCCCCGCCAGCGCCACCCUCCGCGGGCUGCAGGGGCUCAUGCAGCCGCCAAGGGAGAGGCUAGUGGUAACAGGCCGAGCUGGAUGGAUGGGUAUGGGGAGAGGGGCAGGACCUUCAGCCCUGGGAUUCUGGCCGACCUUCGCCUUCCUUCUCUGCAGCUUCCCCGCAGCCACCUCCUCGUGCAAGAUCCUCAAGUGCAACUCUGAGUUCUGGAGCGCCACGGCGGGCAGCCACGCGCCGGCCCCGGACGAAGCCCCCGAGUUCUGCGCGGCGCUGCGCACCUACGCCCUGUGCACGCGGCGCACAGCCCGCACCUGCCGGGGGGACCUGGCCUACCACUCUGCCGUCCAUGGCAUCGAGGACCUCAUGAGCCAGCACAACUGCUCCAAGGAUGGCCCCACGUCGCAGCCGCACCUACGCACGCUGCCGCCGCCAGCGGGGGACAGCCAAGAACGCUCGGACAGCCCCGAGAUCUGCCACUACGAGAAGAGCUUCCACAAUCGCGCGGCCGCCCCCAACUACACGCACUGCGGCCUCUUCGGGGACCCACACCUCCGGACUUUCACAGACCGUUUCCAGACCUGCAAAGUGCAGGGCGCCUGGCCGCUCAUCGACAAUAAUUACCUAAACGUGCAGGUCACCAACACACCGGUGCUGCCUGGCUCAGCCGCCACCGCCACCAGCAAGCUCACCAUCAUCUUCAAGAACUUCCAGGAGUGCGUGGACCAGAAGGUGUACCAGGCCGAGAUGGACGAGCUCCCUGCCGCCUUCGCCGACGGCUCCAAGAACGGCGGCGACAAGCACGGGGCCAACAGCCUGAAGAUCACCGAGAAGGUGUCGGGCCAGCACGUGGAGAUCCAGGCCAAGUACAUCGGCACCACCAUCGUGGUCCGCCAGGUGGGUGGCUACCUGACUUUCGCGGUCCGCAUGCCCGAGGAGGUAGUCAACGCCGUGGAAGACCGGGACAGCCAGGGCCUCUACCUCUGCCUGAGGGGCUGCCCACUCAACCAGCAGAUCGACUUCCAGGCCUUCCGAGCCGGCGCCGAGAGCCCCGGCGCCCACGGGCUACCAGCCGCCAGCCCCGCCCCCUCAGCCCCCGACACCUUCCCAUACGAGACGGCCGUGGCCAAGUGCAAGGAGAAGCUGCCCGUGGAGGACCUCUACUACCAGGCCUGCGUCUUCGACCUGCUCACCACAGGAGACGUGAACUUCACGCUGGCCGCCUACUACGCCCUGGAGGACGUCAAGAUGCUCCACUCCAACAAAGACAAGCUGCACCUGUACGAGAGGACUCGGGAGCCGCCGGGCCGGGCGGCCGCCGCAGGGCUGCCCCCGGCCCCCUGGUCCCUCCUCGGCAGCCUUCUACUCCUGCCCCUGCUUCCUGUGCUGCUGGAGGCCACCUAGGACCGAGAGCGAGGCGUCACCGAACUGGUCGGCGGCUGCACGAGGGCCGGUGGUGGCCUCCCGGUGGCCCCGCAGUCCCUGCAGGGGUCCGGAGCCCCGGCGGCCACGCAUCUCCGCGCUGCCUUGGGCUGCCUGCUGGCAAGG